GGAGGGACUUGUCUGCACGCUUAGGGAGCUAUGUUUACUUCCGCCCCGCGUUCUCUGGGAAAGGUCGUGCGCGUGCGAUUUAAUAAAUGAGACUGAUAGCUAAGGCCCUGGCCUCGGCCCUGUCCCGGGUUCCUGCAGGCAGACAGUGAGGAAGAUAGCGACGUGGAGGCUAAGAUGUGGGGGUCAGUGACCAGCCUUCCCGCACGACUGUCGAUUACUAUCGUGGCGGGCUGCCCGCGUCUCCGCUGGGAAACGGUUCCGGUGUGCUCGGCGCGGCCUCACCGGCGCCUGUCCCAGUUGUGCCUAGAACGUCAGCCCUUUCCUGUACUGGACAAGUCGGAGGCAUCGCUACGGAGUAGCAAGUGGCCGAGGCUUUUCCCGAGCAGCGCGGUGGUGGCGGACACAGUGGCUCAUCUCCUGCAGGCAGGACCUCCUGGAUCUGGCGCACGGGUCUUAGAGUGCAAUCCUGGGCCUGGAAUGAUUACCAGUGCAUUGCUCAAUGCUGGUUUACAGGUGAUUGCACUUGAAAGAGACCGAACUUUUCUUCCAUAUUUAGAGUCCCUAAAAAACCAUCUUAAUGGACAACUAGAAGUAAUCUACUGUGACUUCUUCAGUCGAGAUCCCAGUAAUAAUAGAGCAACAACACCACCUCCUUUGUUUACAGAAACACUUUUCAAGAAUUUUGGAAUAAGAGAAAUUCCAUGGGAAGCAGAUGUUCCUGUAAAGAUAGUUGGAUUUUUCCCAGCUAAAAAUGAAAGAAGUGCACUUUGGAAAUUUUUAUAUGACCUCUACUCUUGUAGUUCCAUAUAUGACUAUGGACGAAUAGAAUUGAAUAUGUUUAUUAGUGAAAAAGAAUACAAGAAAAUCAUUUCGAAGCCUGAUGAAAAAUUUUAUCAACCCCUAAGUGUACUCUGUCAAACAGCUUAUGAGAUAAAGCUUCUACAUAUGGAGCCUUUAUCAUCAUUUGUAACCUUCAAAAGUGGAAAAUUCCAGUCAUUCAAGUGCAAGGAAUCAAAAAAUAAGCACCUGAACUUUAUUCGAUUGACUCCUCGAAGAAAUUUAUUUACAGAUAAUUUGACACCUAUGAAUUCAUGUAAUUUUAUGUACCUGGUUAAACAGUGUUUUACCAAGCGCAAAUAUAAAUUAAUUGAUUUAUUUAACUCAUGGUCUAUAUGUAAUAAAGGGGAUUUGCUUCAACAACUAAACAGGAAUAAACAUGAUCCGGUAGGCAGUUUGGAGCCAGAAGAAUUUAAAUAUCUUUUUGAAGUUUUGGAAAGUUCUGAAACAUUUACCCAAAAAUGGCUAUUUGAUCAUUUCCUGCAAAACACAGUUCUAGAAAGCAGCUAAGUCACAAAGAUUUUAUUAACUGGAUGGAGCAGUUCCUUUGAGAAUUAUGUUAUAAAUUAAAAAGAAUAGGUUUUAAAAGUUUGCCUCUUUUCAAAUGAGAAUAAAUGGUUUUGUUUUACACAAUUGAAGGAUGAUGUCUGAAAGUUCACACUGAUUUUUUUUAAUAGUUGUUACUGUUAAAUGGAUAAAAUGUAUAAGCAAAACCUUCAUUUGACUGUUAAUUGGAAGAACUGAAAAAAAAUCAAGGUUUUUGGAGAAUAUGUGCAAAAUUCUUUCACUGCUAUCUAAUUGGUUGGUAAAUUACUAUCAAAUGGAAAUUAAUUUAGUAAAUUCCAGCCUUGUUAAAACAUCUUAAAUUGAAUUCAUUUAAGUAUUAAUGCUUUCACAUGGGCUUAUUUUUGGUUACAUUUCAUCAAUCUUAGAAAGUUAAUUAGAUUGAUCCAGUUAUUUGCAAAUUUUACUUUGUAAGCCUUUGAAGUUAUGCUUGCAAGUGCUGCAAAGUAAAAUGUAAUUUUAAAAUGUCUUAUUUAAGUUUUUUAUUGGAAUUUUUUUAUUAAUAGGUUUUGUGAUAUUUUUCCAAAGCCUACAUUUUUUAUCUAAAUACUUGAGUAACACAUAAAAUAGAAAUUUGUUUAAGUGGGGUUGCAUUGUGUAUGUAUUUUAAUAAAGAAAUGUAUAUUAUGAA